AUGUCAUGGCCCCCCCGGGGCCCCCCCCCCGCGGGCCUCCACCGGCUCGGCAUGCAAAGAACCGCAAGGCGCGCUGCUGUUGCUUCGAACCCUUCGUCGAGCCCCGCCUGGAAGACGUGGCAGCUGGUGGCUGUGCGCACGGGCACCGUGGGCGCCAUUGCCGCCGGCGGCGUGACGGCGUACAUCCACCGCGAGGCCAUCAUUAGCGGCAUGAAGAGCAUGAAGAACAUCAACAAGGACACGGUCGUCGAGGGCUACCGAUCGAGCAUGGAGUCGGUGGGGCAAGGCCUUGCGUACAUCAACCGCGGCAAUGUCCGCCCCUCGUUCGCCUGGCUGUCUGACCACUUCACCUUUGUCGGCACGCUGCUGAAGCAGAAGGAGCUCAGUCGUCGGCUUGACCGUAUGGCCGCCCUCAAGGGCGUCGGCAUCAAGGACUUUUACACGUCGCUCGGCGAGAACGGCACAUGGAGCGGAGGCUACUUUGUGCCCGAGCGUACCUUCUGCGCCAUUCCCGAAGGCGAUCACCCCGCCAGCGACAUGUUCACGCGGUGCAUCAUGCGCACCUCGGAAGACGAGGUGCAGGCGCACAUGUCCAUGUUCCGACCGGAGAAGAACAAGGGCUACGAGCGCAUGACCGACGAGGCAGCGCAGCUCGUCAAGAAGUGGUUCCUCAGCGAAGAGGACGUCUAUGACGACCCCAAGUUCCGCGAGCCCGCCCCCGAGGAGGCUGCCGAGGACAACACCGUCAAGGAGACGCUCGAGGCUGGUGAGAAGGGUGCCGAGGAGGCCCAAAAUAAGGGCGGUCCCGACGCACCCAUUGACGGCGACGUGCCUGACGAAUCGCCCCUGGACAUUGCGGCUGCUUCGUCGCUCGUGCCGUUGUCCAGCGACGCCGAGACCGGCGGCGACGAUGCUGAGAAACAAAAGCAGACGUAUAUGCAGUACCUCUUCGCCAUCGCUCAGCAGACGGGGACCGACUCGAAGAGCUGGUGGUCCAGCAAGCUGCCGAACAUGCCAAACCUGCCGGCCGUGCAGAUUCCAUCAAUGCCUUCUGUGCCGUCUGCCGUGUCAUCGCUUGGGCAGGUAUCGAUGCCCAGCUACAACAUCUUUUCGAAGAAGCAGCCUGCCUCUGACAAGGACGGAGCUGAGACACAGGACGAAAAGAAGGCUGAGACGACGGAUAAGGCCGCGAAGCAAUCUGCAGAGGAGCCUGCCGAGAAGUCCUCGGAAACGUCUGUGGAGAAGCCUGCAGAGAAACCGACAGAGAAGAACGAGGAAGAGCCCCGUAAAAGGAGAUCAAACGAGAAAGGAGUCUCUACCCCGCCGAGCAGGCUCAAGAUGUUCGGGUCGAGGAGGAUUCUGCACCAGCUAAAACGCAGGAUGAAACUGUCGAGAAAAAAGAGCCCAAUAUACCAGCCACCAAGCCAGCCAUUACGGACAACGAUUCUGGCAAGGACGUUUCGAUCGAAGCGGCGCCUUCUGAUGCCAAGUCGACUGAAGAGACCAAGGUAG